GCUUGAUGCUGUGAUCUGCUCGCACCAUCAGGCCUCAUUUACAUACCUAACGUAGCAACGCUCUUCCUGAUUGGUUAUACCCCGACUUAUAUCCUUGAUAACUAUUGCCACACAUGCAACUGCUUAUCAGCGAAGAUAGCCGACAGUCAGUAUCAUUGUUCUUCGUCGCCUUUCUUGUUUAGACCAAGCGUCUAUCUUAAACUUCCAUCUAAUCAACCCCUCAUUGCUGCUACUAGCAGACGAAAAUUGUAAUGUAAUUUGAGUCCCAACCAUGUCCGAGGUCAAACAAAUAUCCACAACGGCUUCGUCGGCCGAUGUCGAAAAGACAGCAAGCGACCCAUCCAAAACUGUCGGAAUUGACUCUAUGAACAAGCACAUAAUUAACAAUGAUCCGGAUGAGGCGUUGAAGCUCGUAGCCAGAGAAGCUGUAGUUUUGACCCCGGAGGAUGAGAAGAGGCUAUUGAAGAAGAUCGAUCGUAAUUUGAUGCCCCUACUUUGCGUCGUCUACGGGUUAAACUAUCUGGACAAAACUACCUUGUCGUAUGCCUCUAUCAUGGGGAUCAAAACAGAUAUCAAUCUCAUAGGUCAAGACUAUUCCUGGAUAGCUUCCAUGUUCUACUUCGGCUAUCUCUUCUGGGAAUGGCCAACAAAUCGUCUUCUCCAGCGGUUGCCGUUGGCGAAAUAUUCCGCCUUCAACGUAAUAAUGUGGGGGCUCGUUCUCUGCUGCAUGGCAGCCGUGAAGAAUUUUGCCGCGGCAAUGACGGUGAGGUUCUUCCUCGGCGCUUUCGAGGCCGCCGUUAGCCCCGGCUUUGCCCUCUUUACGUCCCAGUGGUAUACCAAAAAAGAGCAGGGCACGAGAGUGGCAUGGUGGUUCAGCUUUAACGGCUGGGGCCAAAUCGUGGGAGGCGUUGUAGCUUAUGGCAUUGCUGUCGGCACGGAGGCUCAUCCUAUCUUAAUCAAGUCGUGGCAAUUAGUCUUCCUCGUCACUGGCUUCUUCACGGCGUUCAUGGGCGUCCUGUUCUUAUAUCUCAUGCCAGACAGUCAACUGAACGCCCGGUUCUUGACACAGCAGGAGCGGAUUAUGGCCGUCGAACGUAUCCGCAUCAAUCAACAGGGCGUGGGUAAUAAGCACUUCAAGUGGUAUCAGUGUAAGGAAGCGCUUACAGAUCCUAUGAUCUGGGCAUUCGUGCUUAACAGUGCCAUUUGCUCGAUCCCUAACGGUGGGAUAUCAAAUUACUUCUCACAACUCAUCGUUUCAUUUGGGUUUUCAGCGAAUGAAUCCCUUCUUUUAGGAGCACCCGGCGGCGCUAUCCAGAUCAUCACUCUCCUGGUUGCUGGGCAUUUUGGCGAUCGAUUCAAAAACCGCAUUUUAUUCGGUGCUGCCGGCGUCCUACUGUCAGUGGUGGGCCUCUUUCUUAUCCUCCUCCUGCCACUUAGUAACAGUGGCGGCCGGCUUGCGGGUUAUUACUUGUAUCAGUCCGCUUCAACGGGAUUCGUAGCCCUACUAGGACUUAUCGCAACGAAUGUGGCAGGAUGGACGAAGAAGACCACCGUCGCGGCGAUGUAUCUCACUGCCUACUGUGUAGGUAACAUUAUUGGCCCUCAAGUCUUCCGGACCAACGAUGCACCGCAGUACCGCAACGCCAACAUAACGAUCCUCGUAUGCAUGGUUGUAUCGUUCGCGAUUUUGGUUUUUAUCAAUUUCUGGUGUAGGCGUCAGAACAAGAUCAAGGCCGCUAUCCGAGCUAGUCCUGGCUAUACCAAGGUAGACGGGCAGGAAUUUCUUGAUUUGACAGAUCGGGAGAACCCCGAGUUUAUUUAUAGUUUAUGAUGUACUCACCAUACGGGGGAAAGGGCCUCAUUAAAGAUGAUAUCUAUGAGAAGUUAGCGAUAUCUAAGUAUCUCACCACUGGCUCAAUAUUAAGACGUGGUCGAGCUUUUACACAGGGAUACGGCUUAUGUACCUAGGUAGGUAUGUAUGUCCUAGACUUACUUACGAGUUCUUACUCAGCUCGUAUUUCAGGAAAUAUACUAUGCCAUAGCCAAUUCUAACGUCAUUCGAAGCAUAUCAAAGUGACAUGGUUGAGUUUUCGACUGUUGACCUUCCCAGCU